CUCUACAGUUAUCAACCAUUAUAGGAAUAUAGGCACCUUUAACAAUGAAGGUAAUUAUGGCUGGGUUUUCUAAAACCGGCACCAAGACAAUGUCAGCUGCCUUUAAACUACUGGGGCUGAAGAACUACGACUACUUGGAAAGUUUUUGGUUCCAUGGGGAUGACUGGAACCGUAUAUUGACCAACGAUGGUUCAGUUGAGGAUUUUAAAAGGAUGUUUGAAGACGUUGAUUCCGUCACAGAUAUGCCCGCUUGUUUGUAUUGGGAAGAAAUACACCAAGCGUUUCCCGAUGCUAAGAUUGUAUUCACCACACGUGAGGAGAAUGAAUGGUACACAAGUUUAGAGAACCAGAUGCGAUCGUUCAAUGAGAACUUUAUGUAUAAAUUGUUACAGCUCCUCACUCCAUCUGGACGAAAAUAUUACACAUUCUCAAACAAUUUAAGAAUAGCCUUGUUGGGCCAACCGUUUCCACAUCGUUUCCAUCAACGUCAAACCAAUAAGAUGCUUUCAUUGAUGAGAUACAGACGCCAUAACUUGUAUGUUAUGCAAAAAGCACCGAAGGACAAGCUUUUAGUGUACGACUUGAAGCAAGGAUGGGAACCUCUAUGCAAGUUUUUAAGCGUUGAGGUUCCAAAUUUCCCAUUCCCUCAUAAAAACAAGGGCGCCUCCGUAUACGAUGAAAUGAUGGAGGAAAACCCGAUCGCAAAGCGAGUGAUAAACGAGCUUAAAGUUAUCAUGGCUUGCAUUGGAUUCUUGGCCGUGGUUUUAAUCGCGUAUUACUUUGCAUAAACUUGUUCAAUACGCUUAGCUGGGUUUAUGUAAUGUUCUGUAACUUGCUUUAUCUUCGCGACUUGCUUUAUCUUUAUCUCUGUAACUUGCUUUAUCUUCUAUAUUUCAAAUAACUUUCGAAACAAUUCAACUCCGAUUACAUUCAAUUAACUCUUGUUAUAAAUCCCUGGUCUUACAAAUCUAGACAUAGUUCUACAUGUUUAAAAUACGGUGUAAUAUCUUCAUCAUUUAAACGUAUAAUUCAGCCCUGAUUUUUGUUCAGAAAUGUAUACCUUUUACACGUUCAAAUCAAGAAAAAUAUGGUUUCAAAUCAAGAAUUUCAACAUCGUAAA